AAACGUCGGGCCCUCUUGGAGGUCGCGCGAGCCAGAUUUGAACGGAUGAUUUAACCGUCUGCUCCGCUAUGGAUGUUUUGUGACAUAUAUCUUGUGCCAAUAUGGCUCCAGAUCACUCCAAUAAUUCCAUCUUCAUGAAUCAUUACAGAUGAAUAUUAUUAUCAUGGAAUUGAGGAUUAUGAAACUUUCUCUUCAGUCUUUCCUAAAGAGAAAGCAGGUUCCCAGUAAUGUGUUGCAACAACAUUGGCAGGUCUUUGGCCUUUGCCUGGUAUCAAGAAUAUGCAAUAAAUCUAGUGUUCUUUCUGGUUUUACUGAAGCACUGAUUGAACUUUGCCAAAGUAGGCAUUUUAUAACUGGAGAUAUAAUUACACAAGAAUCUGUUACCAAUGGUUGGUACAAUUAUGGACAUUUGGGAAUGGAAUUCAAAAAGAACCUGGCUAGUGAGUGGUGGAACUCAAUGGUAUUAUCUAGGGAGCAAGUAUUUGGAGUGGCAACACCUCAUAAGUUGAUGAGCUUUCACAAUUCAGAUAACAGAUCACUAAGGCUCGUAGAGUCUACAGCAUUGCAAGUUCCAUCAGGCAACAAAGACUUGACGAAGGAAGAAAUUGUUGCAUUACUAGACAAUGUAUUGAAGCAGAGCACUGUAGUCCGCCCUGAUCUCCUGAAAGGAGCUAUUCAAGAAUAUACUAGGUCUUUAAAUCUUGUGAACAGGAAGUUACCUUUUGGUUUGGCAGAAAUUGGAAUGUGUUAUCAACCCUCUCCUCCUAGCAAACAUCCAACUGCAUGUAAUACAGUAAGAACGGGAGAGGUGGAAAUUGGAUCGCUAGUAUGGUUUAGUUCUCCUCGGACUUCAGGCCAAUGGCUAGACUACUGGAUACGCCAACGUUUGUUGUGGUGGAGAAAGCACCAGCAUUUAGGCCACAAUCAUUCAAAGCCAACUCAGCUGGGCUGGCCACAUCUUAAGAUGCCCAAGUUCAGACUACUGAAGCCAAUCACGUCAACCCAACUCAAAGAAGGAUGUGACAAACACUCAGUCUUCUUCUAUGGCAGUCCCUCAGGCUCAGUGAUGGCUUGCUUCCACUCUGAGGAGGAGUGGGUUUUGUCCAGUCCAAUCCUGGUGCUGCAAACUCGAUCGCUGGUGGGGAAGGUGGCGUUUGAUGAGGAGAGCUGUGACCAUGGCUGCUCUCCAGACCAUGAGCUUGGUACUGGGUUUGAGGUCUUGGAGUUUAACCACCCUGUCCCUCAUGUGUCCAAAGUCUGCACUGGCAUGUCAGCGUGGAUGUUGGAUUUCAUAGUUAAUGUCUGCUUAGAUCUACAACGGUUUAUUGCACUUAAGAGCUACUGCUAUGAGAACUCACAUUACCGAACUACCCAAGUGCAAAAGUGA